UAUUUAGUUAUUUUUUAAAAUGGGGUGUUGCGCUUCAAAAGACUUGGCCGACCUUCAUGACCUUGUGGCCGAAAUCAACGAUGUUGAGACGGGGAAAAUUAACAAACAAACAAGCACGAAAACUUCUUCAACGCAUAGCACCGCGUCGUGGACGAACCGCGAAGCCACCAAAAUGAACGAGUACUCGCAAUCUGAAGUUGUAGAGCUCGAUAAAGCUAAAAUAAACACGAGCGAAAAAAUAGUCGUAGCAAUGUACGAAUACGAAGCCAGAGAUUCGCAUGAAAUUAGUUUUCAAAAAGGCGACAGGAUGACGGUGUUACAUGACACUGGAAACUGGAUUUUCGCUUGUAAUUUAAAGACUUUGGAGAAAGGGUUCAUCCCUGGGAAUUUCGUCGCUAACGAGGAAGAUUUGGCCAGCAAAGAAUGGUUUUUUGACAACACGACAAGAUUGCAAGCAGAAGCGUUAUUAUUUUCACAGGAACCAGGGACAUUUCUUGUCAGAAGAUCUGAAAACAAUCCUUAUGGUUACUCUAUUUCUCUAAAACAUCAGGACGAAUCAAAGAUAGACCAUGUCAGACACUUUAAAAUCAAAUUAAAUGGUAAUAGAAAGUACACCAUAACCGAUCAAGAAUUUGAAACAUUGGAAGAGCUUAUAGACACCUUGUUGAAAACAGCUCUUCUAAAAAGGCCUUGCAAAAAAAUCGAGCCGACACUAUGGGUUCUGGGAUACGGCAACAAGGAUAAAUGGGAGAUCCCGAGGGACGAAAUCAGGAUCGUCAGGGAAUUGGGCGAGGGAGCUUUUGGGAAAGUGUUUCUGGGAAAAUGGCAGGACAAGUUGAAAGUAGCGGUAAAAACCAUGAUAGGCGAAAGUAUGUCCACGGAAGAUUUUAUCAGAGAAGCUGAAAUUAUGCGACAAUCUCAGCAUGAGAAUAUUGUAGCUGUGUUUGGUGUUUGUACCAUGGAAAAACCUAUCUAUAUUAUACAAGAGUAUAUGUCCAAAGGUUGCCUACAAAAAUGGCUGAGAGAGAAAAAAGAUGGCGGCAUAAAACUGGACGAGUCCAUCCUGAUAGCGGUGCAAGUGGCAAAAGGAAUGAAACACCUCGAAUCGAAAUUGCUGGUGCACCGGGAUCUAGCAGCCCGAAACAUUCUUCUGAACCACAACAACGUGGCGAAAAUCUGCGAUUUCGGCCUGGCUCGCCUCAUACCCUACGGGUUUUACAACCUGCAGAGCAACCUGCGAUUCCCCAUCAAGUGGACGGCCAUGGAGGCCUUGCAGUACGGGCAGUACACCAUCAAGUCCGACGUGUGGUCCUACGGGAUCCUGCUGAUGGAAAUUUUUACGUACGGCAGAAACCCGUACCCCGGUAUAGCACCUGGCGAGCUCCUGGAUUUGCUGGAGAUGGGUUACAGAAUGCCGAAGCCGGAGAAGUACAAUAUCCCGGAGGAAAUUUAUCAGAAAAUGCUGGAAUGCUGGGACGUGAGGAUGGAAAGAAGACCCACGUUCGAUCAUCUAGUCGAUUACUUCGACACCUUCUCUGUCUCCAGUGAGUUGCAAUACAAAGAGCAGUUUGUGUCAUCAGAAAAGUUGUAAAGCGACGCGUCGAAAAAAACGCACAAAUUGUUUUUUUCUCGUUUUUUCUCCGAACCUUUUAAAAUUGAUGUUUUUUAAAUUUAUCAGAAACUAAAUGGGCAAAUU